CUGCAGCGUUCGGAACCUCUGCAAGUUUCUAGCUCUGGCAGCGAGUUUUUAGUUUUAAUUGCUUACUGCUUAUAAUAAAAAGUUUUUACAUAAAAUAUCGUUUUUUUGUGUCAUAAACUUAACUUAUGAAAUCUCAUGAAAGCUUUUGACUUAUUAUAAUUAUGAACUAUAGGGGUAUAUAUCACCGAAGAUAUGUAUUUGUUUUACUGCUUCUGGUUGCUGUAGUUAAUAUAUCAUAUGGUUGGACUGUCUUAAAAAAUAAAGAUUACAAACGUAGAUACCUUUCGCCGUCGGGAGUAGAAAAAGUUCGCAAAUAUUUAAGUAGAAAAUAUGUUGCAUCUCGCAAUAAUACACAAACGUUUAAAAAACAUUAUUUCUCUAAUACUUGGGCGGUGCAUAUUGACCCCCCAGACAAUGAUGUAGCAGAUAGAAUUGCAAAAAAACAUGGUUUUACAAAUAUAGGAAAGAUAGGAAAUAUUGAAGGUCACUAUCAUUUCAAGCAUGAAGAAAUAGGAGAGCGAGAGUUAGAAAAAGCUAGACACAAAACAGCUCUUCUUAAUCUAGAAGAUGAGGUAAAAUUUGCAGAGCAGCAGAAAAUCUUAGAAAGAGUUAAAAGAGAUGGUAUUCCAAAUGAUCCUUACUUCAAGGACAUGUGGUAUUUACUAAAUACUGGUCAGGCUAGUGGCCCUGCUGGCGUAGAUAUGAAUGUUGUUCCUGUUUGGAAGAAAAACAUUACUGGCAGAGGAAUCGUUAUAUCAGUGCUGGAUGAUGGCUUAGAUUGGACACACCCAGACCUGGAAGCAAACUAUGAUCAAACAGCAAGUAUUGACCUUAAUGAUAAUGACAAUGAUCCAAUGCCACGUGAUAGCGAUGCUGAUAAUUGUCAUGGUACCAGAUGUGCAGGAGAGGCAGCUGCAAUUGCUAACAAUGGUAUCUGUGGUACUGGGGUUGCGUACAAUGCUAAAAUUGGAGGAGUACGUAUGCUAGAUGGUCAAGCAACUGAUGCAUUAGAAGCUAGUGCUUUAGGGUUUCGAGGAGACCAUAUUGAUAUUUACAUAAAUUGUUGGGGACCAAAAGAUGAUGGAAAAACAUUUGGAAAACCAGGACCAAUGGCUGCAAAAGCACUGAGGCUUGGUGCUGAACAAGGAAGAAAUCGUUUAGGAUCAAUUUUUGUAUGGGCAACUGGUAAUGGUGGUUUAACAGAUGAUGACUGUAACUGUGAUGGGUAUACAACAAGUAUAUUUACAAUAUCAAUAGGCUGCAUAGGAGACCAUGGAUUAUCAGCCUAUUAUACAGAGAAAUGUUCAUCAACUCUUGCUGUCACAUUUAAUGGUGCAUCACAUAAAGAAGGACGAGAAAACAAAAUGGUAACAACAGAUUUAUAUCAUCAAUGCACUGAAGAGUUUAAAGGAACGUCAGCUUCAGCACCAUUAGCAGCUGGUAUUAUUGCUUUAACAUUGGAAGCAAAUCCAUUAUUAACUUGGAGAGAUGUUCAAGCACUAAUUGUCCAAACUGCACAAAUAACAUCCCCAGUAGACGAAGGCUGGAAAAGAAAUGGUGCAGGUUAUCAUUAUAAUCAUAAGUUUGGAUUUGGGAGACUUGAUGCAGAAGCCAUGGUGAAUGCUGCAUUAACAUGGGUUAAUUUGCCACAACAGAGAAAGUGUACAGCUGCAGCUGGUUUUGACCAUCAAGAUAUUCCAAAAGGAGAUUCGUUACUCAUCAAAAUUCAAACUACUGAGUAUGGAUGUAGUUUAAAUCCAAUUACAAAGUUAGAACAUGUUAUAUUGACAGUAAGUUUUGUGCAUCGUCGCCGUGGUGAUGUUAGUAUUGAUUUAGUUUCUCCAAAUGGUACAAAAAGUGAAAUGCUGAGUCCCAGAAGAUAUGAUGAUUCUGAUGAAGGAUUAGACGAGUGGAAUUUUAUGACAGUUUAUAAUUGGGGUGAAAAUCCAAAUGGAGUAUGGCUGUUAAGAGUUACUGAUAAUCCAAACCAAGAUGAUGCAAUGAGUUUUUUCAAUAGUGAAGCAAAUGACGUUGAAUCAUUAGAGGAGCAAGUAAUUGAUACUCAAACAAAGCAAAAUAAAGAAAUAUGGGAAAAAAUGAGGCUUAUUAACCCAAACUUUGAUGUUCCUUAUCCAACUGGUGUGCGAAAAAAUAAUGUUGCAACAAAAUAUAAAGAUAAUACAAAUAUUCAAAAUAUCGUCUCUUACAAAAGUGGGAAUGUAGAACCAAUUACAGAUAAAAUUGAGUAUGAUAGAAGUGAUAUACCUGAAGUUUCAAAUGAGGAGAAAGAAAAUGAAAUUGAAAACAAGAUCUCAGAUAAAACAAACAAACAGUAUGACGAGUAUGUUGUUCCAGUUAAAAAAGGAAAUCUUGCAGUAUUUGAUGAAAAGUUUCAGAAUGCUCCUGAUAAAAAUGAAAAUGAUGAAAGUAAAUUAAAUGAUUCAGAUGAUGAUGUUGUUAGAGAAAAAAAAGAUUUGCUUUCAGAAGAAAAAAAAGAAAUACUAAACUUUUACAAUCAAUUAAGGAGCAAACGUAAAAAAUUUAAUACAGGAAACACUCAGAAUGAUGGAAAAAUUAGUAAAAAAGUGCAAGUUCAAGAAGAAACAGGAACUCAACGUGUUCAAGUAAAUGCUGGGUAUGAAAAUCCCAGGAUCUCCUGUGAAAGUGGAAGAAACGAUUGCUCUGGAGUACUUUUAAAAUUUUCUCUUACUUUUUAUGGAACUGUUUAAGAGUCUUACAUAUGAAAUUGCUUAUGGAUAAAAAACAGUCUUGAGAGAGACUAUAAGAAGAUUUAUGUUUAUCUUAUUUGUGUUGGUUGCCGUGGUUAAAUGUAUAAAAUGUUCUGACAAUUUCUGAAUCUAGUUGAACAUUUGUGUUAUGGAUGUUUAUUAAUUUUGUUGUAUAAAUAUAUAUAUUUAUUGUACAUAUUUAUAAAUAUGCUGAAUAUUUAUAUAUAUAUCUAUAUAUAUAAAUGAUAAUUAGGUUUUUUAAAUUAAAAAAUUGUAGUCCUUUAUAUUGAAGAUUUUUAGCCAAACGAUUUUUUAACUUGUAAGUAAACUAUGGAAUUAUAAUAAUCCAAAAUUUUUAUGA